AUGGAGGCAAUUCAGUCUUGGGUUGCAGAGCACAAGCUCAAAGCCAUUGGAGCAAUAUGGGUAUCAGGAAUUGGAGCAUCUCUGGCUUAUUCACGAGCAAGAACACCUCUCAAGCCAAGCCUUAGGCUUAUACAUGCUAGGAUGCAUGCACAGGCCUUGACACUGGUUGUCCUAUCUGGCGCAGCAGCAUACCAUUAUUAUGAGAAGCAUGAAGCUGACCGCCAAAAAGAAAAUUAA